GAUUCGAUUCCGACUCUCCGUGCCUUUUCACAUACAAGCGGCUUGCGUUGUGCAUGUGGAGUAUAGGCAACACUGAAUACAAUGUUUUGAGUUCGAUUUAGUCAACUGCUGGUUACAUGCCAAGCAACAUCGUAUGUUGUACGGCCGUAUACUUUUUUAUUCUCUAAUUUCGAUUUCUGGUUCCAGUACAUCGAUACGCAAAGCGUAUGGGAUAUUGAGUUUGUCAUCGGUUCCACUGAUGAAACACCAAAUUUAAAAGAAAAAAAAUACAAGUAAACGAUUCAAGCAACGAAGACAAGGAAAAGAUAUCUACAAUACAAAAAUAAACAAAUGAACACAAAAAGCGUUUAAAGAAGAAAAAAAUUAUUGUAAGAUUGCCAGCAAGCACAAAGUGAUCGGUGUGUGAAUGAACAAGUGAAUGUCAUCAGUAGACUGCAACGGUUUUCAGUCAAGUGACAACCACGAUAAAUGAAACGUUACAAAUUAUCGUGCAACGAUAGUGCAUCCCCCAAUUGAUUGAAAAUUUUAAACAAUCGACCAAAAGCUAAAAAAAAUUAUCAAACUUUUUCAACGAGAAAAAAAUUAUUUCCAAUUUAGUUUUUCUUAUUUAUGCGCUUAUUAUUUUCGAUAAAAAUUUUGUUUUCUCUGCGACCCCUGGAAAGUACAUUUUUGGUGCAUGCAAGUUCUAAACUGUUAAAAUUAAACCGAUCAAUCGAACAAAGUGAAGUUAUUUGCAUUGUGUACAAGUGAAAUAAAACUGAAGAUUUUGAACCCAUUGUCAUCUACAAAAAAAUAUUUGUUUAUUUUCUUUGGUUUUUUUAUGCAACAAAAAAUUCAGAUCAAUUCUGAAUGAUAAAGAGAAGAUGUGAAUGAAAAAAAAAUAUUAGAAUUACAAUUAUCUGACGUUUAACCGCCUCUGAACCAAAUCUGUCAAACAAAGUGCUUUUUGGGAAAGAGAGAUUUAUAUACAUGGAAAUGAAGCAGUUGAUAGCCGCUGACUGAAAGUUUGUGAACAACACAAAAGAAUGAAAUAAAGCAAAUAUGCAUAUUAAAAGAGAAAAAUUCUGAAAUUGUGAACCAAGCAAAAGAAUAAAAAGAAAACGUACGGCAAUUUAUGAAUAAAACGAGAAGAAUCUCGAACGUUGUGGGCCGAUAAUUAAUUUUCGUUGGUUUGGGAUAUAAUCACGGCAUAUUUAACGAACGCACCCUCUUCGGAGGGUUUUAGUGGGCUGCAAAGUCUGCAGAAUUUGGUGGCAUUGGAGAGCGUUGCCUCUAAACAAACGAGUCGAAUGCAGCCAACAGUGCCACAAAGUGCAGGAGCAGCCGAUAUGGAUUUGCCGGCUGUUCAGUCAAUGGAUUGGUUAUUCAAAAAGGAACGCAUUUACUUACUAGCACAAUUUUGGCAACAGAGAGCCACACUAGCUGAAAAAGAAGUUAACUCAUUGAAAGAGCAAUUGUCAUCCACAAAUAUUUCAUCUCAGAAUUCAUCCAUGCAAAACGGUUGUUUGGCACCGCCAUCAUUAGCAUCUCCCGCAAUGUCCGAGUGCAGCAGCAGCGGAAAUCCAAUAAUCAGUAGCAAAUCGCUAAACAACAACAAAGACGACGUCAACGACGACAAAAUGGACACAAACAAUGAGAAUCAAUCGACUUCAAAUCGAUCAUCACCGGUGUCAAUGGUCGAAAAUAAGCGCGAAACAAUCGACAAUCUUGCCGAAGAUGAUGAUGAUGACGACAUUGUUCCGAUCCCAUCUACUGUUACCUCGUCGACAACCAAUUCACUAAUCGGCUCGACAGCAAUCACAACAGCAUCGAAUGCUCUAACAAACACAUCGGCUGCAGCAAAAUUGUCAAGCGUCGCAUCCGACGUGAACGACAUUGAAGGCAAAAGUUGUGAUGAAAUUUCUGCCAAAGACAAAGAGAUUGUAGCAUUACUUGAAGAAAUCUCUAGACUGAGAAGCGCAUUGGCCGCAUUGCAGGAAUCGCACAAUCUCCGAAUAGAACAGCUCGAGGAACGACUUGAAGCCAAGCGACAACACAUAUCGAGACUCGAAGCACGUUUGGACAAACAAACCGACUACGAUGACGUGAAAAAGGAAAAUCGAUCCGGAGACGUACAAUCGGAAUCAAAACAAUUUCAAGAACUACUAUUGGAGCGAACCAAGGCAUUGGCGGCUCAAGCAGAAGCACUCAAAUCAAACUCAGAUGGCUCGUAUUCAGCUGUAACCAUUCCACAAGAAAAUCAUGCAUCCCCACCGUUAACUGUCACAUCAGUAUCGACACCAAUGACAAAUGCAAACGCAAAAAAUACCAAUCCGUUGGUCGGCCGUAAUAAAGAUAUGAUAUUGGCCGGUAGCUCGAUGUUGCCGUCAGCAUUGCAAACUGUCGACACAUUCGGAUCAUUUUUGGGCGAGGAGAUAGUGUGCAAUUGGCGUAGAGGUUUUGAGCUUCCGCCGAAUGUAGCUCAAAUGCAUCCUGCAGCAGCAGCAGCAGCAGCCGCCGCCGCAGCAGCAGCUACAAUGCAAUCGACCUAUCUAAACUCGGCCGAAACGCAUCGUUUGCAAUCACACCAUAACAGCAUCAGCCAAAAUGCCAAAGCAAUGGACACUAAAACUAAUACGAUUUCAAAUUCUUUAGAUGAUCAUGGAAAUAGACAGGAUGACAAAAGCAGCCAUCAUGAUGCAUCCUCCACAGCAAGUACGCCAAUUCUUCAGGAUUCGCGCUACGAUGAUAAUCAGAAUGGUGGUAUGACGCCGAUGUCGUUGCCAAUUUCGAAGAGCCCGCAAGAAGAUAAUAAUAAUCAUUUGGGCGCAUUGCCGCAUGGUCCUAGUUUUCCACUUGGUUUGCCGUUCCAUCAUCCGAUGCAAGAACGUCCACAUUAUCGCUUCAGCGACGAAUUACAAUUGACUCCCGGUUCGAUGGCCGGACGGCUUGGCGACUCCCUUAUACCAAAAAGCGAUCCCAUGGAGGCCAAACUACAAGAAAUGCUGCGCUACAACAUGGACAAAUAUGCAAAUCAAAAUCUCGAUACAUUGCAUAUAUCGCGACGCGUACGAGAACUACUGUCAGUGCACAAUAUUGGCCAACGUUUGUUCGCCAAAUAUGUGCUCGGGCUAUCACAGGGCACCGUCUCUGAACUACUAUCAAAACCAAAGCCAUGGGAUAAACUCACUGAAAAAGGACGUGACAGCUAUCGAAAAAUGCAUGCCUGGGCAUGCGAUGAUAAUGCUGUUCUAUUGCUGAAAUCAUUGAUUCCCAAAAAAGACUCUGGUUUGCCACCAUUCGGUCGAGGGGAUGAUAAUGGAAUGGGCGACGAUCGCAUCGCACACAUUUUGUCCGAAGCUUCGGGCAUGAUAAAACCAUCACUCGGUGGCUCUCAAUCUCAAUCACAAAUGUCACUUUCGCAUCAACAAAACGACGAUUCUCGCAGCAACGACGAUUCAGAUUCACUACACAACCAAAGCCUAUCACCAUUCUCGAAGGAUGCUCGCCGUAUGCGCAAAUAUGAAAGCGAUGACAUUUCACGCGAGAAAAUGGCUCGCAUUUACCAAGAAGAAUUGGCUAAACUAAUGACACGCGACGCAUUCCCAAAUUCUCUAUUUCCACAAUUCUUAGGUGGUAGCAUGCCACCGGUCACGUCGACCGCAACAUCUCAAAUGCCAGAGGAUAACAUUCGUAUGGCUCUUGAAGCAUAUUACCGUGAAUUGGCCAAGUUGCAACAGAGCGGUGGAAAUAUUCCGAACUUCCCAAAUCUUCCUGGACUGCUUGCACUUCAGCAACAAGCGUUGAACGGUGCUCAAGAUCUGUCGGUUAAAAAAGAGCAACAGGCCCAGGCCCAAGCCCAAGCACAAUCCCAAUCGCAUUCGAACAAAUCAUCACAGAAGUUGAAUGGGCAACAUUCGGGCUCCGAAGAAAAGGACGUAGAUGACGUACGUAACUCGCUAUCUGCAUUCAAUAUGGUUCGUGCUAAGGCUGAACCAGGCACCACACCAACCACAACAGCAUCAUCGGCUGCACCAAGCCCACUAGGCAAUUCGAUUUUGCCACCCGCAAUGACACCAACCGACGAUUUCUCCGCCGCCGCUAGCCCAUUGCAGCGCAUGGCUUCAAUCACAAAUUCCCUGAUCACUCAAGCACCGAUGCCCAAUCAUCAUUCAUCUGCUCAACGCCCAUUAAAAGCCGUUCUACCACCAAUCACUCAGCAGCAAUUCGACAUGUUCAACAAUUUGAAUACCGAAGAUAUUGUUCGCCGUGUUAAAGAAGCAUUGUCACAGUAUUCGAUCAGCCAACGUUUGUUUGGCGAGUCAGUCUUGGGUUUGUCCCAAGGCUCCGUCAGUGAUUUGUUGGCUCGUCCAAAACCAUGGCAUAUGCUUACUCAAAAAGGUCGCGAACCAUUCAUUCGCAUGAAAAUGUUCUUGGAAGAUGAGAAUGCUGUGCACAAACUCGUUGCCAGCCAAUACAAAAUUGCCCCAGAGAAAUUAAUGCGAACAGGCAAUUACAGUGGAUCACCGCAAAUUCCAUCUGGUAUUGCCAAACAAAUGCCACCAAUGCAAAAAAUGAUUAGCGAAAUGUCGAAGAUGCAACAAGAGCAACACUUGAUGCAUCUUCAACAAAUGCAAAUUCCAUCGGUACAAAUGCAACCACCGCCGUCACAAGGACAAUCGGCAUUAUCUCAAUCAUCAUCGAUGCCAAAUCCAGGAAUGCUUUUGACGCCACCGGGCGUACCACCACAUCAUCGCGUCACACUUCCAAAAGAAGAUAUCAAACCAAUGCCGGUUCCAGUUCAUUCGCCGCAGCAUAACAAUGCAAUGCGCGGAAUGCAUCAGCACAUGUCGCCGACCGUUUAUGAAAUGGCCGCACUCACUCAAGACAUGGAUACUCAAACAAUCACAACUAAAAUCAAGGAAGCACUCAUGGCCAACAAUAUUGGACAAAAGAUUUUCGGUGAAGCCGUUUUGGGUUUGUCUCAAGGUUCUGUUUCUGAACUGCUAUCGAAGCCAAAGCCAUGGCACAUGCUCAGUAUCAAGGGUCGUGAGCCAUUUAUACGUAUGCAAUUGUGGUUGUCGGACGCCAACAACGUCGACCGCUUGCAAGCAUUGAAGAAUGAACGACGUGAAGCAAAUAAGCGUCGUCGCUCAACCGGUCCAGGAAUGCAAGACAACAGCUCCGACACCAGCAGCAAUGACACAUCCGAAUUUUAUACAUCAAAUUCACCAGGGCCCGGUUCAGUUGGAUCGGCUGGUGCACCACCAAACAAGAAGCAACGCGUUCUCUUCUCCGAGGAACAAAAAGAAGCACUUCGGCUUGCCUUUGCUCUCGAUCCAUAUCCAAACGUGGGAACCAUUGAAUUUUUGGCCACUGAGCUCGUACUUUCUACUCGCACAAUCACCAAUUGGUUCCAUAAUCAUCGCAUGCGCUUAAAACAACAAGUUCCUCACGGCGCUCCAAGUGAUUCGAUUCCAUCGCGCGAGAACCAAACCGGCGCUCCAUUCGAUCCAGUCCAAUUCCGACUAUUGUUGAAUCAGCGCUUGAUGGAAUUGCAGAAGGAACGUAUCGGUCUAUCGGGUGUGCCGUUGCAAUAUCCACCAUUCUUCGCAAAUCAAAAUCUAGCUGCACUCAUUGGCCGUGGUCUUUUGCCAGGAAACGAGGCCGAAUUGGCCGCAUUGAAUGCAUUCAAAGAGCAAAUGAGCGGAUUGGAUUUGUCAAUGGGUGCCGGAUUAAAGCGUGAACGCGAUGAGUACUCGGACGAUGAAAACGACGGUGAAGCCGAUAAUAACAUGUCUGAUGGCGAAGAUGAAGACAAUGCUGACAAUAAAUCGGAGUCAAACAAAGAUUUAUCAGCAUCUCCAAUGGCGAUUCAAUCAAAUGUGCGUUCAUCACGCCGCAAACCAGCCGCUCCACAAUGGUUGAAUCCGAUGUGGCAAGAUGACAAAAAAGGACCAUCAAGUGCAAACAAUACCGAUGCAAACACUGCCGCAAAUCGUGCACCAACCGACGAUGAAGUUAUCAUCAAUGGAGUCUGUGUUAUGCAACAAAACAACGAUUUCGAUCCAGACGAUUCAACAAUGCGAGUUGAGCCACAGUCAGUUGAUCGGCUAGAUGAUGACGCCGCUCAUUCUGACGACGAAAAUGACGCAAAAUCGACCAAAAACAAUGAUGACAUGGAUACAGAUACACCGACUGAAAAAGAUGGCAAAGCCAACGAUUCUGAUAAAAAGUCCAACUCCAAUGAUAACGAUGAUUUGCCCGUCGUUAAAAAAGAAACCGAAGAUAACGAUCGAUGGGACUACUAAAUCCAAUUACGUUCUAGGCAGUAAAACUGUUCAAAAUAGUGCAAUCUAAACUGUUGUGUACACAGACAAAAAAAAAUUCCAAAAAAUAAACAUGAGAAUGAUUUUAAGUCCAUUUUUUCUAAGUUUAUCAUAAAAUAAAUUGAUUGGGCCGAGCAUUAUACUAGACUUCAAAUCGAUGCUCAAUGUGAGAAUGAAAGAAUCGAAACAAUUUUGUUUACAUUUUUUUUCACUUUUUUUUCUUAUGUUUAACUUAUAGAAAUUAUUUGUAAAUAGUCAUAGAAUAUGAAACUACAUUCAAGCAGAAUAAUUCAGUGAUGUUGGCGAAAAACAAUUGAAAAUAUUUCGAAAUCGGUCAAAUACGCAUAUUUUUCAAAUCCAAAAGAGAAACUCUCAAAUUAUUCAUACCGAUUGAAAACAAAACAAACGUGAAAAAGUGUGAAACGUGCAAAAUUGAUUGCAAUCGAAUCAUCAGAUGAGAAUGGUACAGAUGUACAGGAGGGGUUCAUUGUAAAAAUGUUUAAGUUAAUUGAUUUCAUGUGAACCGUAUCCUUACAUCAAUAUGAGAAAAAAAUUUAAUACUAGAAUAUUUAUGUUUAGAUGUUUAAAUUGAAGCAAACCACAAAUAAUUGAGACGGAAAAUAAUUGAUUGAAUUGGAGUCGCAUUUCAAAUUGAGAGAAACAGAGGAAAAUGUGUGGUCAUUGUGUCUAUAAAAACCAAUGCAUGCUUCGGCGAUCAAAAUAAAUGAAAUAAUAUGCGCAAGACUAUAUGAUAGUAAAAAAAAAUAGUGUAGAUGUAAAUAAGACUGUUGUUGGAUGUGAGUGGAAUGAUUGAACAAUGAACAAUGCGUUUUCUACAUAAUUGAUUCUUGCCGAAUGGGUGAAUUUUCACUUGAUAAUGUGGAACACAUUCACACGAAUAUUUAUGAAAAAACACACACACAUUUCUCUUUAUAUAUUGAUAACCACACUUUCUUAAAACGUAGGACUCGUACUCGCAUUUUAUUCGCAUCUGUUUGGACGGUCGUCCAUUUGACCGGGAGGAAAUGACAAGCAAAUGCAUGAAUACAUAAAAGAAUAAACUAAGAAUUAAAUAGAUAUGCAUAAUAUUAAGCUCGAAAAUCAAUCAAAAUAACACAUACACACACAUGCAAAAACCAAUUUUCGAUGAAAUUCACAUAGAAAAAAGAGAAUAAAACGAAAGUGAACUAGCAAGGUCAACAUCAAUGAGCAUUACUACGAAUUCUAGAUUUUGAUCUCAAAUCAACCAAAUAAUCGAAUACAACAAACACUAACUGAAACGAGCAACUGAAAAGGCACAGCGAUUGCAUCGUUUCACUAUCUUUCGUUUUAAAAGUGUAUUCACCGAAUCAUUUCUCCCUCAGCAAAAAUUAAAAAAAAAACAUUUUUCAUUUCCGCUGUGUACAUUAAUCUACGAAUGGCAUUUAAUUUCUUCCCAUCGCAAAGUGAACAAUAAGUAAUCGUUAUCGUUAUAUUUUUUUAAUGUCGUCUGUUUUAGUUUUUCUUCUUUUUUCAAAAAUAUGCAACAAAUUACCGAAACAUUUGUAAAUAAGUAAAUCUACAGCGCACACACACACAAGUGUUGCCCAUUUUAACGAUUGAUCUUUUUUUUGUAUAGGAUUAAGUGAUGAAUUCUCCAUUUAUGGAAGUAUUAUUCGUCGAAAAUGAAAAAAAAAUGUAUGCAUAUCGAACAAGACAAACAAAUAGAUCAUGAACUUCAAUAUACAACUGCCUCUAACCUAAUUCAUUGCACAUUAGGUGCAUUUUUGCGAAGAAGAGAAGACAAUGGCCGCUGAAAGCAUAGCGACCAUGAUGAUACAAAGAUUAAAGAUUAGCUCGAUGUGCGAAUUUGAAAGAAAAAGAAACGCUGCUUCAGAACAAUUAGCAAAAAUUUUGGAACAAAAAAAUUUAAUGAAUGAAUGAAGAACCCAAAAGAUUAUCCGAUUUUUUUUCUUCGUCUUAUUUCAAUCGCAGUCCCGACUGAACUGCUCAGUUGACUGUGAAUGUGAGAAACCACACAAAAUUAUUCGCUUAAGUAGGUUAAUUCAAUAUUAUUCAUAUGCAUAUUUACUAUAUAGAUCUAUGAAAGAAUGAAAGAAAAAGAAAAUGAAUAUUAUCAAUAGAUUUAAAAGAACAAAUACAUAGACAUAAAUUUUGUGAAUUAAACUAAUUUUAAUUGAUUUGUUAAAAUGAUUUAAAAUGAAAUAGAAAUAAAAGUCUAAUGUAUGCACAAAAAAUCGCAUAAAACCAAUUGAUUCAAAUUAUUUUCUUCGUUCAGUCAUCCUUUUCAGUUCUCUUUUUUUCCUCAAAUUAAAACAAAUAACAAUUUACACAGAAAAUGAGAAAAGAAAUGCUUAGGACAUUUGUCGAUUUUUUUUGUAUCGAAAUAAUACACUUUUAGAUAAUAUGUUAUGGAUCCGAAGAUGCAUUUCCCUAUUUUAAUUGAUGGGACAAAAAAAAACGGAUCACGUCUCAUUAACGAACAAACAAAUAGACAAAGAAACAGGACAGAUUUUUAUCUGUUUUCAAUAUCAAAGUGUCAAAUUAGCAAAACAAAAAGAAACAAAAACUAUAAGACACUUUUUCUCAAUGAAAUUGGGUGUCGGAAUGACAUCUCAAGAAAAAAAAAACAAAAAAAGGAACGUAGGAGCAAAAACCAAAUUACCACAAAAUACUUGAGAAUACGAGAAAAAAAUCAAAGGCAAAACUAACAAAAAAUUAAAAUACGUAAUUUUCUAAUAAAAUUAAGACGAAAACAAACUAUGCAAUUUUUGCGAAUAUCAAUACGUAAUACCAAUUUACAUCUAAACAAAUGUCUUGAGAAGCCACACUUUUUUUUGUUCAAAUAGCAACCAAGUAGAAUGUAACAAUUAUUUGCCGAUCUUUUUGUUUUGACAUCACAAAAAUAGUACGAAACAAUUCAAAAUCAUCUUCAUCAGAUCUUUGAUGAACGUGUUUCAUCAAAAAUUUCAAACAGAAUGCUAUUUCUAUGAUUUUCAUUAGUAAAUUACGUGAUAACUGUUUUUUUUCUUUUGUUCACUUACGUUUUUGCAAAAAGGGUCGAGUAAUACGACUAAAGAUGUGAAAUUGAAUGGCAGUAAUAUCGACGUGAAAUUUUUUCUAUGGAUAUUUUGUUUUUUUUUUCUUUUUUAUCUUGACACAAAAGUUUUUCAGCACAAAAAGUAGUCUGCAUACAUAACAAAAAAAAAACAAUAUGAAUCAAAUGUAGAAAUGAUGGCGCGAAAAAUGUUCGCAAAUAAGCAAAGAAAAUUAAAGAAUAUAAUAGUAAAACUGUAAAUACAAAAUAUAAUAUAUCAUAUCAUAAAUCUAUUAUUAUGCGUCAGAAUACAACAUUAAUAUUAUAAUUAAAAUGAACAUUAUACCGUGAUGCGAGCGAAAAACGCAUGAAAUAUUCCUUUUCGAAUCCACUGCAAAUUGAACAUGAGCUGAAUUGCAAACGGCAUUUGGCACCAUAUAAAAACAAACCUCAAUUGUGGAAUCUAAAAAAUCAUUUCAAGCGAUUUCACGUUCGCACUUUAUUAUUAUUAUUAUACAAUUUAUUAUUGACUAUUAUGCGAUUAUGAUAUAUUACAUUGUCUUCUUUAAGAAUUUCUAAAGUAAAUCCAAUAAAAAUUUAUCUGUAUUGAAAAUUAAA